GCUUUGUUGCGAAAGCGAGGGGGCGAGGUCCGGAGGCCCCGGUGCGCCGCGCGGCCGGACGCGGCGGGCGGGGCGGAGGAUGGAGGCGGUGGCUGCAACGGUUGGGGCUGCGCGUGAGAAGGUGGCCGCGUAGGACCGGGGCUCGGUGGGGGCCGGUGGCGACGAGCGGGCGAUGGCGGGAGACCGUCUCCGCUGGGCUCCUUGAGGUACGCUCCCUGAAGCGCCGGGAGCCGUAGCCCAUGGGCUCGCUGAGCAGCCGAGUGCUGCGCCACCCCGGACGAGCCCGAACCCAGCAGGAGCCGGGUUCCGGAUCGGGGGGCUCGACCCGAAGGCCGGAGACUGGCGGCGACUCGGCGGGCCACGGCUUCUGUUACUGCCCCGGCAGCCGCAAGCGCAAGCGGAGCAGCGGGGCCUUCUGUUACUGUCACCCCGACUCCGAGACAGACGAGGAUGAGGAGGACGGGGACGAGCAGCAGCGGCUCCUCAACACCCCUCGGAGGAAAAAAUUAAAGAGUACAUCCAAAUAUAUUUAUCAGACAUUAUUUUUGAAUGGUGAAAAUAGUGACAUUAAGAUUUGUGCUCUAGGAGAAGAGUGGAGCUUACACAAAAUAUAUUUAUGUCAAUCUGGCUACUUUUCUAGUAUGUUCAGUGGUUCUUGGAAAGAAUCCAACAUGAAUAUUAUUGAACUGGAGAUUCCUGAUCAGAAUAUUGAUAUAGAAGCACUGCAGGUUGCCUUUGGGUCACUGUAUCGAGAUGAUGUCUUAAUAAAGCCCAGUCGAGUUAUUGCCAUUUUGGCAGCAGCUUGUAUGCUGCAGUUGGAUGGUUUAAUACAGCAGUGUGGUGAGACAAUGAAGGAAACAAUUAAUGUGAAAACUGUAUGUGGCUAUUACACAUCAGCAGGGACCUAUGGAUUAGAUUCUGUAAAGAAAAAGUGCCUUGAAUGGCUUCUAAACAAUUUAAUGACUCAUCAGAAUGUUGAACUUUUUAAAGAACUCAGUAUAAAUGUCAUGAAACAGCUCAUUGGUUCAUCUAACUUAUUUGUGAUGCAAGUGGAAAUGGAUGUAUAUACAGCUCUUAAAAAGUGGAUGUUCCUUCAACUUGUGCCUUCUUGGAAUGGAUCUUUAAAACAGCUUUUGACUGAAACAGAUGUCUGGUUUUCAAAAAGGAGAAAAGAUUUUGAAGGUGUGACCUUUCUUGAAACUGAGCAAGGAAAACCGUUUAUGUCAGUAUUCAGACACUUAAGGUUACAGUAUAUUAUCAGUGAUUUGGCCUCUGCAAGGAUUAUUGAACAAGAUUCUCUAGUUCCUUCAGAAUGGUUAUCUUCUGUAUAUAAACAGCAGUGGCUUGCUAUGCUUCGGGCAGAACAAGACAGUGAGGUGGGACCUCAAGAAAUCAAUAAAGAAGAACUAGAGGGAAAUAGCAUGAGGUGUGGUAGAAAGCUUUCCAAAGAUGGUGAAUACUGCUGGCGGUGGACAGGUUUUAACUUUGGCUUUGACCUGCUUGUAACGUACACCAAUCGAUACAUCAUUUUCAAACGCAAUACACUGAAUCAGCCAUGUAGUGGAUCUGUCAGUUUACAACCGCGAAGGAGCAUUGCAUUUAGAUUACGUUUGGCUUCUUUCGAUAGCAGUGGAAAAUUAAUAUGUAGUAGAACUACUGGCUAUCAAAUACUUACACUUGAAAAGGAUCAGGAACAAGUAGUGAUGAACUUGGACAGCAGGCUUUUGAUCUUCCCUUUGUAUAUCUGCUGUAACUUCCUGUAUAUAUCACCAGAAAAAAGACCUGAAAAUAAUCGUCAUCCAGAAAAUCCAGAAAACUGAGGAUCUCAUCACUUGGAAACAAUAGCACUUUGAAAACUCUUUUGGCCAGCUUUCACUUAAUGGCCCUACUCAUAUUCACAUUUAAGGUGACUAACAAUGACAAAGGCCUUAUGAACUGUAUAAAUAAUACAGAAGACUAUUGUUAUCUUCAUCAUAUUUCUAUGCAUAUAUGAAACAACAUUUUAAAGCCAAGAAAAUAUCUGUCAUACCAUUUCUGUUACGAAGAUGUCAACUCACGCUUUAAUUUUAGCAUCAGUAGAAAAUUGCUGUAGGUAAAAUUUCACAUUUUUUGCAGACAACUAUAGAUUUAAUUUUUAGCUUAAACUUUGAUCCUACCUAAUGUUAAUGAACCUCAGUUAUCCAUCUGUAAAAUUCUUUUUAUUUGGCUAAAAAAAUGCUAAAGGAAUAAUUUGACCAGUUAUAUUCUUUAAAAUGGAUGUGUUUAAAAGCUGUCCUUUAACUUUUUCAACUUCUUUUUAUGAUUCCUCCCCUUAUUCUGACAUCUUCCCAAUCUAUACUUGUUUUUCAUCAUUAACUGCCUUAGGUUUGGAGACUGAGAUAAGAAACAUAAGCAUUUUCAUGUUAUUUUGCUUUUAAUUUAGCUUUCCCAGGAUUUUAGCAAAAAAAAAAAAAAAAAAAAUCAGCCUCAAAACUUUCAGAUGAACUUGAAUGGAACAGAAAAUCAAUUUGAUUCUGAGGAUAUUCUUUUGCCUUACAUGUUUUUUCUUCGACAUUCUGUACAACUUUAUUAUGAGGUUGUGGGUUAUUUUUAUACUAUAUAGUACACUUUAAACUUUCAUAUUUCAUAUUCUCAGAUCUUUAGAAUUAUUUUAUGUUCAAAUUUUAGUUGGGAAACCUAUUUCCCACUUAAGCUCAGGACUUUAUAACCUCUGAAUUGAGUGCCUUUGCGUUACACAUGCUUAUAGAAAUUUCAUAGUAAUUGUAAAUAAGGACAGAGGAUCUCAUAUAGAGCUGAUGAUAAAACAUUAAUGUAAAAAUAGAACUUAUUUUUGUCAAAAAUGAGGUGUACAUUUUUCAUGAUUUAUAUUUGUUGGCUUCUUGUGUUUACUGCUAUUUUGAAAAUAGCCAUGUUCAUUUUCUUCCCAGGUAGCGUGAGUACUUUUUGUGGUUAAUGUAUAAUUUUAGUAUGUUUUUCAAAAUGGGAAUCAUUUUUAUGUAUAUGUACAAAUAAUAAAUACCCAUUUGGAAAAAGAA